AUGAAAUAAUCUUACAACUAUAUGGGCUUAUUUUUUAAAAUUAAAGCACAAAUAGCUUUUAUGCUAUAGGCAAUUUAAAGUAUGUAAUAUUUCAUGAAAUAGAGUAGCAGCAGUUAAACGCUUGCUGUUUUAUUAUUAAAAAGUGAAAAGAAGAUGAGAAGGUUGAUAGAGAUAAGUUAAUUUAAUUGUAUUUUAUGUAUAAUAUAUAAUAAAAAAUAUAUUUAUAUAUAGUUGUUUAUAUAAUCAUAAUCAGCUUGGUCGUCUUGUUAAAUCAAAUUAUAUAAUAUAAGAUAAUUUCUUUGCUUGAAUCUAAGUUUUUAAAUUAUAGAUGCUGAGAAGAAUAAUUUAUAUAUGCAUUUGUUUAUAUAUAUAAAAUAGUAUUAAGUGUUUUAAGUAGAAAUUUAUUAUGAUAUUAAAUUAUGUUAAUUGUUUAUAUAUUUUUUAUAUCUUUUAAUAGUCAGUUCUAUUACUUUAUCCAUCUUCCAUCUUCUUCUUUGA